AUGAUUCAAUCCACACCAGUUCCACCUGGUGAGCCCAUCGCCGUUAUUGGCUCCGGAUGCCGCUUUCCAGGAAAUGCGUCAUCUCCCUCGAAGCUUUGGGGCCUACUCUCGCAGCCGCGCGACGUUCUCUCCAAGAUCCCGUCCACGCGCUUCAACCCGGAAGGCUUCUACCACCCAGAUGGCGAGUAUCACGGGCACAGUAACGUGCGCCACUCGUACGUGUUGUCCGAAGACCACCGGGCGUUUGAUGCCGACUUCUUCAACGUUUCCGCGGCUGAAGCGAACGCCAUCGACCCACAGCAGCGCCUGUUGCUCGAGUGUGUCUACGAGGCGCUGGAGGCGGGCGGGCAGAGAAUGAGCGGAUUGAAGGGUAGUGAUACCGCUGUAUUCGUGGGUUUGAUGUGUGAGGAAUAUAGCGAUAUGCAGUUGAGGGACCUGAAUGCGAUGCCGAAGUACUUCCCCACCGGCACAGCCCGCUCCAUUGUCUCGAACCGGAUCUCAUACUUCUUCGACUGGCGUGGCCCUAGCAUGACGAUCGACACGGCAUGCUCCUCCAGCCUAGUCGCCGUCCAUCAAGCUGUUCAGGCCAUCCGCUCCGGCACGUCUCGCGUCGCCAUCGCAGCCGGCACGAACCUUCUUCUCGGGCCGGAAGCGUACAUCGCCGAGAGCACCUUUCAUAUGCUUUCACCGCAGGGGCGGAGUCAGAUGUGGGACGCGCGAGCUGACGGAUACGCUCGCGGAGACGGCGUUGGAGCGGUAUUACUAAAGCGGUUGAGCGAUGCCAUUGCGGAUAGGGAUGACAUCGAAUGCGUCAUCCGCGAAACCGGGGUAAACCAGGAUGGACGCACCCGCGGGAUCACGGUGCCGAGUGCUGAUGCGCAGGUGGCGCUGGUGGAGGACACGUACAAACGAGCAGGACUGGAUCUGAGUACGCCGCAAGGAAGGCCACAGUUCUUCGAGGCGCAUGGCACGGGGACGCUGGCGGGGGAUCCCAUAGAGGCCGAGGCAAUUCAUCGUGCUAUUGGAAGUCGUAUAGACAGCGUAAAUCCGAUAGAGAGUGGUAUUCGCCAGGAGAAGCUGUUCGUCGGCUCUAUCAAAUCCAUCAUCGGCCACACAGAAGGUACUGCAGGCAUCGCAGGGCUGAUGAAAGUGUCAUUGGCAUUGCAGCACGGAGUCAUCCCACCAAAUCUGUUGUUCGAAACUCUGAACCCAGCAAUCCAGCCGUUCAUCCAACAUCUCAAGGUGCCAACUAAAGCCGUGAAGUGGCCCCAGCUUGUGCCUGGAGAGCCGCGGCGGGCCAGCUUGAAUAGCUUCGGUUUCGGAGGGACGAACGCACACGCCAUUGUGGAGAGCUAUGAGCCCGCUCUUCAUCUCAACCACAUCGCCGACGCCAACGAGAGACCAGAGCAUCAGCCAUGCCUCCUCCCCUUCACUUUCUCCGCGCUCACGAAAUCGUCCUUGAUGAGAACGUUGAAAGACGUCAUCAAAUUUUUGGAUGAAACCCCAUCGGUCAACCUUACCGACCUCGCAUUUACCCUUAGCACUCGCCGCUCCAUAUUCCCGUAUCGCGCCGCCUAUCCCGGACUCAGCGCCCAAGACUUGCGACAGCGGAUUGAAGCCUCGAUCGCACAGCCCGAUGGGGCGUCCACGGCUAUAACUCGAGCAUCCAGCAAUCCGGCGCAAAUACUCGGAAUCUUCACAGGACAAGGCGCCCAAUGGGCAGGCAUGGGAAAGGAGCUGAUCCAGGAUUCACCUUUCGUUCAAGCCCGUCUGGCGUACCUCGAGGCCGUAUUAGCGACGCUCCCUCAAGCGGACCGACCCUCCUGGUCCCUGAAAGCCGAAAUCCUAGCUGAUGGUUCUAGGUCGAGGCUAGAUACCGCCGCCCUAUCCCAGCCCAUCUGCACCGUGGUGCAAAUCAUUCUAGUGGACCUCCUGUGUGCAGCCGGCAUCAAGUUCGCUGCUGUCAUCGGCCACAGCUCUGGCGAGAUUGCUGCCGCAUACGCUUGUGGUGUCCUUUCCGCCCGGGACGCGGUUCUGGUAGCGUACUACCGGGGUUUGCAUUCAAGCCUCGCCAUUGGCCCCGCCGGACAGGCGGGGGCUAUGAUGGUGGUAGGUACGAGUGCUAAGGAUGCCGAGGAGCUGUGCGCGCUGCCGGAGUUCGAGGGGCGCAUCUGCGUCGCAGCCUGCAACUCGCCCACGAGUGUCACUCUCUCAGGAGAUGAUGACGCUGUUGAGGAGGCCAAGACGGUAUUCGACGCCGAGGACAAAUUUGUACGAGCACUGCGAGUCGACAAAGCUUAUCACUCACACCAUAUGCUGCCUUGCGCUGGGGCUUACGUUGAUUCGCUUCGGAAGGCAUCAAUAAAGGUUGGGAAGCCACUUGAUGACUGUAGAUGGUUCUCUUCCGUACAACAGGGCAAGCUCAUGGAUUGCAAAAAUGAGAACGAGGAGUUGGACGCACUCUACUGGUGCCGCAACAUGACUCAGACAGUCUUAUUCUCGGCGGCAGUGGAAGCCGCGAUCACGCACCUCGGUAACAAGCUUACUAUGGCUCUCGAGGUCGGUCCACAUGGGGCACUGCGUGGACCCGUGGAGGACACCAUGAAGGCGGCCGUGAAGCCCAUUCCUUCUUAUGGAUCCUGCCUGGUCCGGAACCAGAAUGGUGCCGAGACCUUGGCUGCAGCACUUGGACUGAUUUGGAGGAACUCCCCCGAGGGCGUGGUUGACUUCGAACAAUUUCAGAAAAUCGUCCACCCGCAGCAGCAGUCCCACUCAGUGCUCCUCAAGAACCUACCAACUUACCAGUGGGACCACGAGCGCAACUUCUGGCACGAGUCGCGCCGGUCCAGGGCGUUACGCACCCGCCCGCAUCCAGGCCAUCCCCUGCUAGGUACGCUGAGCCCUGACUCGACGGAAUUGGACAUUGUCUGGCAAAACAUCCUGCAUCUCUCCAAGCUGCCAUGGUUGACAGGGCAUCAGCUUCAGGGACAGAUAGUCUUUCCCGCCGCGGGAUACGUGGCCCUUGCCCUCGAGGCGGGCGUGCAUCUUGCCAAUCAGCGAUCUGUACAGCUCAUCGAGCUUGAAAACCUGUCGAUCGUCAAGGCUAUUGCGUUCGAGGAUGAGAACAGUGGCGUGGAAACGAUGUUUCAUCUGCACAUCGAGCAGGACGCGGGAGAGCAGAAUGAGGGGACUGUUGUUGCUAGCUUUCGUUUUCACUCUACGGCCAGAGAUGCUGAUACUGCGACCUUGAUUGCAAGCGGGUGCAUCAAGUUGUUCCUUGGAGACGCUUACGCGCCGUCGUCUCCCUUGGCUUCUCGAGAGACGGCCCUUCCGAAUAUGGUGGAUGUCGAUGAAGACGAGUUCUACUCGGAAUUGAGUAAGCUUGGCUACCAGUAUUCAGGUUCCUUCCAGGCACUUCGGUCCAUGAAGAGAAAAUUUGGGCAUGGCAGCGGUCUAGUGUGUAAGCAGUCUACGGCCAAUGUGCAUCUGUCAGAACAGAAGUUGCUCGUUCAUCCAGGAUUCCUCGAUGCAGCGUUCCAAGCCAUCUUCUUAGCAUAUUCUUGGCCAGGUGAUGGCUGUUUGUGGUCACUGCAUGUGCCCACCUCCAUCAAUCACCUUCGCAUUGAUCCAGUGGCAUUUCGUUCCAACCUGGAUCCUCAAUUAGCCUUCAACUCGACGGUAACAUCUGACGGUAGAGUCAGCGGACACGUCAGUAUCUGCGGUGAUGUCGAUAUUUACAGCGCGGACGGGAGUCAGAGCAUGAUCCAAGUUGAAGGCAUCAACAUCGUCCCCUUUGCAGCGUCCUCCGCAGCGCAGGAUGUGCAAAUGUUCUUCGACAACGUCUUCGGCGUGGCUUCGCCAGACGGUGAGCUCGCGGUAGGUGGAAGUAGAGCCUCAGCAGCCGAUAUUGAACUGGGCUGGGUGCUUGAGCGCAUCUCGUACUUCUAUCUCCGGCGGCUCACGCUUGAAAUUACGCCGGAGGAAGGGAAGAAGACAGAGUGGCACCACCAGAAGCUGCUUGCCUACGCGAGCCACAUCAUGGACCAGGUGAACAGCGGCAAGCAACAGUACGCCAAGAAAGAAUGGACUAGCGACACCCCUGAAGACUUGAAUCAGCUCAUGGAAGCAUAUGCCGACAAGAUUGAGGUCCGGCUCAUGCGCAGUGUGGGCGAGAACCUGGCCGCAGCCGUCAGGGGUGAGACGGUCAUCCUGGAACAUAUGCUGAAGGACGGCAUGUUGAACCAGUACUAUGUCGAAUCGCUGGGCCUACGACCGUACACCGUAUUCUUGACGGAAAUCAUCGCGCAGAUCACGCACCGCUAUCCGCAUAUGAGGAUCCUCGAGAUCGGCGCCGGAACAGGUGGCGCGACGAAGAGCAUUAUGCGCAAAAUCAGCGAGGCAUUCGACCAUUACACGUUCACCGACAUCUCACCGGGGUUUUUCGAGACAGCGCAAGGCGCCUUUUCCGAAUAUGCAGGGCGGAUGGUAUUCCAGGUCCUCGAUGCUGAGAAGGAGAUUGUCAGCCAGGGAUACCAGGAGCAUUCCUAUGAUCUGGUUGUUGCGUCGCUUGUCCUGCAUGCCACCAAGGACUUGCAAUUCACACUGGAAAAUGUACGGAAACUUUUAAAACCAGGUGGUUACCUGGUCAUGCUCGAAGUUACUGCCAAUGACACCAUGCGCAUGUCCUUCACGAUGGGCGGUCUGUCUGGCUGGUGGCUUGGCGCUGACUCUGGUCGUCCAUGGUCCCCAUGUGUGUCCUCUGCCCAGUGGGAUGCGCUGUUAUUACAGUCUGGCUUCUCCGGAAUAGAGACAAUUACCCCUGAAAUGGAGACCCUGCCGCAUCCGUUCGGUGUCAUCGUGUCUCGAGCCGUGGACGAACGCGUCAGCUUGCUGAUCGAGCCUACUUCUGAGGUAUCUCCCCUUUCACAGAUCGGGGACCUCCUAAUCGUGAUGGGCACCACGCUCGGGACCCAUCGACUCGCGCAAUCCGUGACUCGCAUGCUGAAGAACCACUGCUCUUCUAUUGCAACAGUACAGACACCAGAAGAACUCAGUAGCAUGAAGAGCUUCUCAUCCAAACUUACGGUACUCUGCUUAAUUGAGCUGGAGCUGCCAAUUUUCCAAGACAUGUCGGCUGAGUCAUUUGAAGCACUGAAGACGCUUUUUCUCCACGGUCAGAAUGUGCUCUGGGUGACACGGGGUUGCAGACAGAGUGAGCCGUACGCGAACAUGUCUGUGGGCUUUGGUCGAGCCAUCAUGAUGGAGCUAUCGCACAUUCGAUUGCAGUUCGUCGACUUUGAUGUCAACACAAAACCCAGCGCCCAGGUGCUCGUUGAUGAGCUGUUGCGCCUUCAUAUUUGGAAUGAAAUGGAGAACGGAGCGCAAGACAUGUUGUGGAGUAGGGAUUCGGAAGUUGCGAUUGAUGGAAAUGGGAAAAUGUUGGUCCCAAGAAUCAAACCUAAUCGUCGCUGGAACGACUGCUACAAUUCAUCGCGCCGCGAGAUUUCAGCUCCAAUCAAUCCUUCAGAGGAAAUAGUCAUGAUACAACAACAUGAGACGUCAUCGUACAGUCUCUCCAAACAUGACUCGUCCACUGCCGAUAUCACCAGCGAUGAAGAAGUCGUCAGAUUGCAAGUCCUCUACACUGCAGCUUCAGCUCUCCCAAUCUCUUCAGGAACAGCAUUAUAUCCCUGCAUUGGCCUCGACUUGAAAGCGAAAAUACCGGUCGUGGCACUGGCGGGUCACAUCGCAUCCAUUAUUGAAGUCCAGAAACAGUGCGUCUGUCCGUACCAUGGUCCAACGGACACAUCAUCUGCCGAUUUCUUGAACGCCAUCUCAGCUCAUAUCUUUUCCUCUUUCAUUUGCACUGAGGCCGCACUCAAGACCACGCUGCUCUUGAUUGAGCCGGACCUCGGCCUGAUGAGAAAUUUCAAGCAACAAGCCACACAGAAGAUGCUCGACGUCACGUGCAUUACAAGUGCUGCAGUCGAUGUUGAAUCUGACUUCGUCUCGAUCAACCCCCUAGCUAGCAGCCGAGUCAUCAAGCAGUACUUGCCUCCGAAUAUCUCGGAGGUCAUUGACUUUUCUAACAACAAGUCUGGGAGUCAUAGCCUGAUCGAGCGCAUCAAGAAGUGUUAUCCAAAGUCACUGAAAGUCGUUAAUGCCAGUGCCUUUCAAACUUGUGAUUCUUACACUGGAUCGGUUAGUAACGGAGCUACCAUAAGGCUUAAAGACGCAGUCGAGUCAGUUUCCGUUGUACUGGACGCUGAAACGAAAUUGCCGUCACGUGCUGUCAUUGUGUCUGCAGCAGAAUUUAUUAAGACUCCGCACGCUUGGUCUACCGUCGUAGACUGGACCGCCACAGAUACAGUGCCGGUGCCCCUGAAGCCAUCAAAUUUGCUCCCCCUUCUUCGUAGCGAUAGAACCUAUCUCUUAGCUGGCUUAGCGGGUACAGGUGGACUAGGACUGUCCUUAGCUGAGUGGAUGGUUGGCCAAGGGGCCAGACACAUUGUAUUGACCAGCAGGAAUCCCCAAGUCGACCCGGGUUGGAUCUCUGCCUACAAAGCUCAAGGCGUCAGCAUCCAAGUCAUCGCUAAUGAUAUCACGGACCGCGUCUCUCUCCAGACCUUGGUCACCAACAUUCGACUCUCUUGGCCACCUAUCGCCGGCGUCGCCAACGGCGCCAUGGUCCUCCGAGACGCUGCGCUCGAACAGAUGACCUAUGAUCAAAUGAUGCGGGUCUUGAAACCCAAAGUGGACGGGUCUCGCUUCCUGGAUGAAUUGUUCUACGAUGAUCCACUUGAGUUCUUCAUUCUCUUUUCAUCCCUCUCCUGCGUCUUUGGCAACAGUGGACAGUCCAACUAUGCCGCAGCGAACAUGUAUAUGAUCAGUCUCGCGGCGCAGCGCCGACAGCGCGGCGUUGCAGCCAGCGUCAUCGACAUCGGCGCAAUCAUGGGCAUCGGGUACAUGGCGCGUGAAGUCAGUGACCAUGUUCUCGCUCAGCUCGUUAGUGCUGGAUACCGCAAGAUGUCAGAGCACGACUUCCGGAUCGCGUUCGCGAAUGCUAUUCUGGCUGGGCGCGUCGGAUCCGGACAGUCUGAGGAGCUGAUCACAGGUUUGCACGUCGCUGCGCCCGAGGAGGACCUCAAGCCCGCCUGGUGUAAGAACUCGAGGUUUGGGCAUGUGAUCAAAAGCGCAGCGAGCAAAGCUGCCCACGCGAUGGAUAAGUCUGCAGCGGCUGUUUCGGCUCGAGAGUUGCUGAAGCAGGCGGAGACGCAGGAUCUGGUUGAGCAAAUCGUUCGAGAUGCCGUUCUCGAAAAACUCAAACUCAUUUUGCAGCUUCGCUCUGAGACAGCCAACGACCCUAGCUUUUUACUCGAGCAAGCUGCGGAUAACUUGGGCAUUGACUCUCUUGUUGCAGUCGAGAUCCGAUCUUGGUUCCUGCGAGAAAUCGAGGUCGAUAUUCCUGUUCUGAAAAUCCUUGGAGGAGCCACGAUCGAAGAGAUUGUAGGAUACGCUGUCAGGAGGCUGCCAUCAGAAUUAGCUCGAGGAGUGGGUGAACAGAGUCAACCCGCAGCUACCUCAAAUGCCGCAACUACUUCGAUUGGCGACUCGUCUCAAGAAAGCUCAUCGUCAGCUUCGACCCCGCCGGGCUCCAUUUUUGCAAAUCCCACUUCUGACGAUGCCACCGACACAAGUUCAUCAGGUCUAUCUAGUCAAAUAGGACUAUCGAAGCCCCCAACACCGUCCCCAUCUCAGGUUACAACGUCUUCACUGCCGACUGUGAAGCUCCAGGCCAUAGAGAAGAUAGUCCCAAUGUCUUUUGGCCAGUCCCGCUUCUGGUUCAUGAGCCAACUUGUAGCGGAUCCAACCGCGUUCAACGUCGUGUGCUCCAUGCUUGUCACCGGAGAGGUCAAAGUUCAAGACCUGGCGUCGGCCGUCCGCGACGUAGGAAUCAGGCAUGAAGCCCUGCGAACAUGCUUUUUCAACAACGACAACCACCAAUCGAUGCAAGGAGUUCUUGUGGAGUCUCCUCUACACCUAGAGACUUUCACUGUGUCUUCUCACGAAGGCAUUCAGGAGCAGUUCCAGGAAUUGAAAGGGCAUGUCUAUGACCUUAGCAAGGGGAACACCAUGAGAAUUAUCCUGCUUUCUCAGUCACGGACACGACACCAUCUCCUUUUCGGCUACCAUCAUAUCAACAUGGAUGGCGCUAGUCUGGUCGUGCUUGUCUCCGACCUACAACGGCUAUACGUUGGAGAAAAACUGUCGCCCCCGCAUCUGCAAUACCCAGAAUUUUCUGAGCAGCAGUUGAGCCGAUUGCGCAACGGUCAAUGGGACAAUGAAAUCUCUUUUUGGCGCAAGGAGUUUCAUGACCUCCCCGACACCCUUCCUAUCCUCAACGUCUCCCCUGAUUCCUCUCGACUCCGCAAAGUCCUGACGACGUAUCGGCACCUCAAGUCCGAGACAAGAUUUAGCACACAAAUAGUCAGCCAGAUCCGAUCCCUCUGCCGAAAGCUCAAGGUGACCCCUUUCCACUUCUACUGCGCCAUCUUCCAGGUCGUACUCGCCCGCCUUGCCUGCACAGAAGACAUCUGCAUCGGCGUCGCAGACGCGAACCGCACUGACCGGGGCGCCAUAGAAAGCAUCGGCAUGUUCCUGAAUCUGUUCCCUGUACGACUACACACCUCACUCGACCAGCCUUUCACUUCUAUCAUCAGACAGACCAAGAAGAAAAUCCUGUCAGGGCUCGCCAACUCGGCUGUACCUUUCGAUGUGAUCCUCAACGAGGUUGGAGUCAAGCGUAGCCCGACGCACAGCCCGCUGUUCCAGGCGUUUAUUGACUACCGCAAUGUUAACGAGAAGCAGCCAUUUGGAAACGCUGAGCUUGAGGGCCAGGAGUACGCUAUCGGCGAGACGCCGUAUGAUGUUAUGGUAGAUAUCAUUGACAAUCCAUCUGGAAACGCUUCGGUGGCUAUCAUGGUCCAGGAAGGUCUGUAUAAGAAAGAGAACGCAGAUUUGGUAUUGCAGUGCUACCUUAAUCUGGUUCAAGCUUUUGCCGAUAAUUGCGAAUUGCCGGGAGGAGAGCCGCAGAUGUUCAAUACCGUGGAUGUUGAACGUGCCCUCAAGAUGGGUCAGGGUGUGCACCUGGAUCUCGAUGACACAACCAUGCUUGACGAAAUCGACAGCGUCGCUUCACGCCAACCUGAUUCUGUUGCUCUGAAAGACGGAAACGGCUACCUCCUUUCAUACAGAGAUAUGAACUUGAGAUCUUAUGCUAUCGCGAAGGCCAUUGCCGAGCUGAACAUUGCGGCCCACUCGAGGGUCGCCAUCCUGCAAGAACCAACCGCUGAUUGGAUAUGCUCUAUGCUGGGCAUCUGGCGGGCUGGUGGUACAUAUGUGCCUCUUGAACUCAGCCAAGGGACCCAACGUCUUGCAACGAUCGUCCAAGACGCACAGCUGACAGCCAUUCUAGUUCAUGAUGAAACACGUCCGCUUGUCACAAAAGUCGGAUGGAACAAGCCAGACGCUGUGAUCAACCUCUCCAGUAUUUGGAAGUCCGCCCACGUCAUGAUCCCUUCUCUCCGGAAACCAAUCGCUAAAGACGAAGCCAUGGUAUUGUACACAAGCGGGUCGACCGGUGUUCCUAAGGGCAUCUCUCUCCCACACCGCAUGAUUACAAAUUCAAUAAAGGGCUUCCUUGACAGAUGGCCACUGCAACCACAAAUAAUGCUCCAGCAAAUUGCCCUGAGCUUUGAUGUGUCCUGGUGGCAAGCCCUCGUCGCCCUCGCCACUAAAGGCACAGUAUUCGUUGCCGGGCGAGCAGCUCGCAAGGACCCAAUUGCACUGACAAAGCUCAUCGCAUCGGAAAAGAUCACCAUGACGCUCGCCGUGCCUUCUGAGGCAGCGUCUUGGCUUCAGUAUGGUGAUCUCACUCAGCUGCGGAAUUCAUCCUGGGUGUGGCACAUCUCAGCCGGCGAGGACUUCGGUUUUAGCCUGGCCAAGCACCUCCAGAUGCUGGGCAAGCCUGUUCUUCGCACUCUAAACGCCUACGGUCCGGCGGAAACCAUCAUACCGCACAUUUACGAGGUCCCCUAUCAGAACCUUGACUCCACUGACAUGCCUGUGCCUAUCGGCAAGGUGAUGCCUAAUUACACGGUCUAUGUCGUCGACGAGCAAGAUCAUCCCGUUCCAGCCGGCAUUCCAGGUCAAUUAGUCAUCGGUGGGGCUGGUGUCGCGAAUGGAUACAUCAACAAUCCAUCGUCAACUGCGGAGCGAUUCCCUAUCGACACGCUGGCGGGACCCGGGGCCGUUGGCAUGGGGUGGACGCGCGCGCAUCGCAGCGGCGACCGCGGAUACCUACGCAUCUCUGACGGCCUCUUCAUUGUCCAAGCACGUAUCGCAGGAGACACACAGGUCAAGCUGCGUGGUCAGCGAAUCGAAUUGCGGGAGAUUGAAGCGAACAUCGUUGGUGCUUCGCGAGGCGAAAUCGCGGACGCUAUCGUACACAUGCGUAGAUCGGAGAACGGAGAUGCAAGCUCAGCCUUCCUCGUAGCGCAUGUUAUCUUGACGCCUGAAGCGGUAUCUCGCUACCGAACUAGGAGUGCCAGAGAUGAUUUUCUGAGAGGCCUUGUGGCAGAACUUUUACUGCCGACUUAUAUGCGUCCAUCCGCCAUUAUAGCACUGCCAUCCCUACCACUGAAUCAUCACGGCAAGGUCGAUCGGAGGGAGAUUGCAAAAAUGCCGCUAGAAACAGCUGGGGCGAUUCCAAUUGGUCAGAGCAAUGGGUCCUCAAGGGCCGAGGAAACGGAGAGUCAAAGGGAGAUGAAGGAGAUCUGGCUUUCGGUUCUGGGCGAGGCGACGCAGGUGCACACUGUCUACGCUGCAUCUGAUUUUUUUCUCGUGGGUGGCAACUCCCUGUUGCUCAUCAGCGUGCAGACAGAGAUCAGGAAGCGGUUCGGCUUGACAGUGCCCCUGGUGAAGCUCUUCCAAUCUAGCAUGCUUACGCAGAUGGCGGCGUUGCUGAGCACCAGAGAGGAUGACACGUUGAAAGCUACCGACGUCGACUGGCCAGAGGAGACGAAAUUUGAUCACGAUCUCAAACUAGUACAAGUCCCUCGGUCUCUACUUUGGCCGCGAGAUGGUGCCAUCGUCGUCCUAACGGGAGCCACUGGGUUCCUAGGCCGAGAACUCCUCCGCAGAUUAACGGCGAUGGAGAAGAUCAAAGCCAUUCACUGUAUAGCCGUUCGGGACCCGAAGAAGCUAACUAGUAUCACUUCCUCUAAGGUCACUAUCCACACUGGGGAUCUCACGCAUCCACACCUCGGACUAUCCGAGGAAAGUAUAAGGCAGAUAUUCGUGAAUGCGGACGCCAUCAUCCACAACGGCGCAGACGUGUCGUUCCUGAAGAGUUAUGCCAGCCUCCGAACCGCCAAUCUGCAGUCGACCAAGGAGCUGGUCAGACUCGCGCUCCAGUAUGAGAACGUCAAGCACUUCCACUACGUCUCCACUGCGGGCGUUGCAGCGCUCGCUGUGCGGGAGCUGUACGAAGAACCCCUAGGCGCCUACCCACCGAACGGAUCUAUGGAUGGUUAUGUCAUUUCCAAAUGGGCCUGUGAAAGCUACCUUGAGAAUGUCAGCUCCACGACAGGGUUAUGUAUUACCGUCCACCGCCCAACUGCGAUAGUCGGUCUCGACGCCCCCAGGCUGGACGUCAUGCACAAUGUGCUGCAUUUCGCGGAACAGCUACACUCUGUUCCAGAAAUGGCAGCAUUGGAGGGCUGGUUCCAGUUCGUUGGAGUUGAAGUCGUGGCCCAGGCGAUGGCGGAUGAUGCGGUUGCCGGGCCCAGGAAGGGUAUUGGAAGAGUUGAGUAUAGGAAUCACUGCGGCAACGAUGACGGGACGGUAGGUAUUCACCAACUGGGUGAAUAUCUGGAAACGAAGCACGGUGUCAAGUUUGUGACUCAGAGUGAUGCAGAAUGGAUUAGACGGGCGAACGAGGCCGGCUUAGCGCUAGAGGUCACAGAGUAUCUGAAAAGUGUAAGUGUUGGUCAACGAAGUGGUGAUAAAUGGGUAUUUCCGAGAAUUUGGCCGAGGGAGUGA